GGUGCAGGGCAAUAGUAGAAAUGUGAUUGAUGUUAUGGUGCAUCAGACGGCAUCCUCAACCUUGUCAUUGCUUACCGUUUCAUCAUUGGUUGAAAGAGAUCUCACUCGGCAUAGCUUAUCUUCAUCGUGAAGAGGUUAUCCAUGGUGAUCUACGAAGAGUCAACAUCUUAACUGAUGAUAAGUGUAUGGCACGUCUCAGUGACUUCGGCCUAGCUGUGUUUGCUGAGGGCAUGAGCAAGAACUAUGCAUCAGUGCGGGCUGGAGCUGAUCACUGGUUAGGACCAGAGUUACUCGAUCCCGAACGGUUUGGCUUCCAGGACGAUCGGCCAAUGUAUGCUGGCGACAUUUACUCCUUUGGUUGCAUGUGUCUCGAGCUGUAUACCGGGCAGGAUCCAUUUCUGGGCCUAUCUCACUUUGCCGUCGCGAAACAUGUCACUGAUGGCCACAGGCCCCCAAGGCCAUCAUUUCAUGAGCAUGUCAAGAUGGCUGACAGUCUGUGAGAAGCUCGUUGAUUGGAUCUUUAUGGUGUAGACCUUCAUCAUUGCAUCUGGUUGAAUGCAUAGUCUCGCUGGUCACAUAAAGUCUCUCACAGGACUUUAGUGAAGCUCUUUCACACCUCUAAGCGGAUGUGAACUGGCUCACGAAGAAGUGUGGGUCAUGCUUCAGACUUUUUUCGAUUUCUUGCAUUUGAGCUCUAUCAGUCUCUGCUUAUAAUAUCGACAGGUGGUUGAAAUCUUCUGUAAUCACCUGCCACUCUAGUGUAUCCUGUGACCAUAGUAUUCCUUACUGCAUUCAGCUGUCAUGCACAUAGUUUAAAUGAAUGUAAACGUACAUGAUGUAUAGUGUAAGUGGUAUUUCUUGUGUUCAUAGAUAAUAUAUACACUUGCAGUAUCUGUACCGCAGUAGACGAACACACAAACCAAA